UCACUACAUUCAAAUUAGGCUUAGGCACAUUUUCAAAUCUAAGUGAUAUAAUAGUCAAAUUCUAAACAAAGGCUACAACUAAUAAGCAUCAAAUUAUCACAUUGUGACUAAAUUUUUUUUAACUUGUUAGAAUUCAUUAAACACGAACAAUAGGUUUAGAAGUUUGUACAUCAUCAUGAACUAAGGAAGCAAAGAGCCCAACGAACCUCAACCCUGGGGAUAGGACUGCACAGGAAGCCGAAGUCGCCUCUGCGAGAACUCUCCACGGACAAUAAAACAAAGGCGGUAAUAGAGGCAUUAUAAUUGACCUUCACCACAUUUGUGAGAGGUCGCUCCCACAUUAAAGGAAGCACCCUAGAAAAACUAUACUCCCAUCCAUGUUUAUUUAAUCUGAAACUGAAACAUCAAAAAACCUUCUCAUGAGAUGGUGCUUAAACCCUUCAACUUUCCCGCCAAACCCACCACCGCGCUUUUCCUCCUAACCGCCACCGCAACCGCCGUUGCCGCCGCCAACGCCGGCGACCUCUCCCCCGCCCCCGCAUUCUCCACCGACAAAAUCGGCGCCGAAAUCCACGGCCUCGUCCGCACCGCUCGCGCCGUCUCCACGGUCGCUUCCACCGUCGUCGACUACGAAUUCUCGCUCCGCGGCCUUCAACGCCACUCCGAUCAGUAUCGCCAUGCAAUUUCCCAGGUUCAUCUACGCUCUGCUGAGAGGCUUCUCAGGCUCUGCGAAGCCAACAAGGGGUUUUAUGUGAAGGCUGGACAGUUCGUCGCUGCGCAGAAAGUGCUUCCAAGAGAGUACUCUUCGACUUUGUCCACGUUACAGGACCAGGUUGCUCCUCUUCCUUUUAAAGUUGUUGAGGAAGUGUUGAAGGAUAAUCUUGGACCUGAUUUCGCUGCGAUGUUUUUGUCAAUUGAUGAACAACCGACAGCUGCUGCAUCUAUUGCUCAAGUUCACCACGCAGUGCUUAAAAGUGGACAUGAAGUAGCAAUCAAGGUGCAAUAUCCUUGGAUAGAGCAGCAGAUGAAUUUUGAUAUAAGAACAAUGCAUUUCCUGUCCAAAACUAUUUCAUGGUUAUACCCUCAAUACAGGCUUGAGUGGCUACCAUUAGCGUUUGCCAAGUCCAUGUCUUCAGAACUUGACUUUGUUAAGGAGGCAAGGAAUUCUGAGAGAGCAGCUAAAAAUUUCAGAAACAACAAAGUGAUCAGGAUUCCUCAUGUGUUCUGGGAGUUGACAACAAGCCGAGUCCUAACCAUGCAGUUUUAUAGGGGACGCAAGAUUGAUGACUUGGACUUUCUGAAUCAGAUUGGGGUUGAUCCAGAAAAGGUAGCAAGGUCACUGAUUGAGAUGUUCGCUGAGAUGAUAUUUGUACAUGGUUACAUACAUGGUGAUCCACACCCUGGUAAUAUACUAGUUUCUCCGGAAGGUCAAAAUGGCUUCUCCUUGGUUCUACUAGAUCAUGCAGUCUACAUGGAAUUGGAUGAAGAAUUUAGAAAAGAUUUUUGCCACUUAUGGGAAGCUUUGAUUCUCAAGAACUCAAAGAAAAUAAUGUUGCUUGGCGAGCGAUUUGGUGCUGGGAAGUAUUCUAGAUAUUUACCCAUCAUUUUUACUGGAAAAACUAUUGAAAGCAAAUAUGGUUUCGAAAUGUCAAACCAGGAAAAAGAGACUAUAAAGCACGAAUUGAAAUCUCUGAUGUUUGAGGACUUAUCUUUAUUCAUGGAAUCUUUGCCCCCAGAUUUUAUCGCCAUAAUGCGUGUAGAUGCUCUGAUAAGGUCUAGCAUUAGAAAGAUGGAUGCCUCACGGCUCAGCAGGUUGCUAAUCUAUACCAAAUACGCGGUGUAUGGUCGUCUUUGUCCAAAGUUGGAUGGUGAAUCGUGUCAAAUGCCCACAACAAACUUUUAUUUUGCUGUGAAAGCUGUUUUUUUCAGUUUCAUAUCGAGGUUAAAAUAUUAUCACAUCCUAGUAAAGGCCUUCACCGGCGCCACUGACAGUACCCCUCGGUGGCAGAAGGUGAAGAACGCACUGAAUUACUUGUAUAGCAAGAUCAGUAGUGACUUUUGGGGCCUUCUGGUGCAUUCCGUUUUUCUUCUUUUAUGUAUGCGUCCAAGCGCAUUCAGUUGAACAUUGGAUUCUAUGCCUAGAGGUGAGGGCUUAUUUUGUCAAGGAGUUACAUCCUGAUAUAGUUUGCAGGCUGCAAAUUGCCAAAUAUUGGCGAUCCAUUUUCGCACUUCUUUAUAAAGCAUAAGCGAGUGCUGUAAGGGUAUGCCAAAUGUAACAAAUUGAGAUACUUUGGAUCAGUUUGGAUGAAAUAGUCAAAAUUCAGAUAAUUGAGAUCAGUUUCAUAAGCUAAUGAUUCACUGAAUCAGUUUUAUAAGCUAAUGAAUACUCUUUUUCGUAUCUUUUUCAUA